AUGUUUAUAAAGAAAAGAAGAGGCAGACCAAGCUCACAAGAUAAGCGGAUACUGGCUUUAUUUAACAAACUUCCUGUUCCAUCACAAUGCAACUUUGAAGAAUGGUUUGAUCCAGAAAAACGUUUUCCCGAGAUUUUUGCUGAAAGGGAUAAUAACAGAUCAGAUAGCAUUAAUAAUAAUAAUGAAGAAAAAGAAGAAGUGAAUGCAGAAGAUCAGUUGAAUAAUGAUGCAAAUAAUAUAAUGUUAGCUGAAAGUGCUAAUUCAUCUACAAAUGCUACACCUAUUAUUGAUAAUAAUAAUAAUGUGGAUAUUGAUUCAACUCCAAAAUCUUCAAUAACAACAACGCCUAUUCGAUUAAGAAUUACAACUCGUAGUGUUAUGAAUAAUGAGAGGCCAAUAACAUUUUCACCAGAAACACCAUCAAAACCGCCAAGAAAAAGAAAAAUAUAUCCUCUUGAUGAAAAAGAAGAAGAAGCCCUUUUAUCAAGGUUAGAACAUGCCGCUUCUAUUCGUCCUCUUAACCCAAAAGCAAACAGGUUAAAAAGAAAGUUGCUAUUAAGAAAAAAUUUUGAUAUAGACUCAAAAGUUUCGGAUCAGAUGAGAUCAUCGCCAGAUAUUAAAAUACUGGUUCCUAUAGAAACACGGGAAGAAGAGGAUGAGUUAAAUGAUGAUAAUUAUGUUAAUAAUGUUAAAGAUGAAGGUAGCGGCGGUGAAAAGAAUGACGAAACUGCUUCUAUUAAGGAAUUUGAAGUAAAUGAUUUCAAUCAUAAUAAUAAUAUGGAGAAAAAGGAUGAAGAGAAUUCUAUUACAAAUACACCUUACAAAAAUUCAUUUGCAUCAAGAUUAUAUGGUAAUCCUCGACUUUCAUCAUCGUUUACAUCGUUACCUUAUAUAUAUAGGGAUUAUGAAACUAUACCGCCAAAAUUGAAAUUAUUAAAUGAUAUUGUCAAAUAUGCUAAUAGAAAUGAUCCGGAUUGGAUUCCUCCACCUUCUUAUCCAAUUGAUUAUUGUUAUUUUCAAAAAGAACAUUUAAACCAAGUCAAUGAUCUAUUACAAAAAAGCUUUUGGCCUGAAAUUGAAGUUUCAGAAAAUCUACAAUUCCCAGAAUUUAGCGUAAUUGCUCUGUAUAAAAGAUUAGUAAUUGGAUGUGGAUUUAUGACGCCAGAAACAAAUAUUGGAAAUGAUAUAAAACUCCAAGUAUCAACCAACAAUCCAACAACGAUUCUUUAUCAAAAGUUGAGAUCUAAGCCAGAAGAGUUUAUUAUUAAUUUUCAUGAUGAUUUUAAUGACAAUAAACAUUUGAUAACGGAUGAUGGAAGUUUAAGAUGUAAAAAUGCAUUUUUUGUAAGAUUUAAAAGAUGA